AUGUCCGAAUCAUUCGCAUUCCUCCGCCAGCGCCGAUCUGACGAGCUCGCCAAGCUCGCCGAUGAGCACCUCCAACAUGACCUUCAAGCAGAGGAUCGCGACAGACUCAAAGCAGCUGCCACUUCAAUCUCGCUGUGGACCACAGUUGGAUCAGCAGUGGGUGUCAGCAUUGGUUUAUUUGCAGCUAUGCGGCUCCGCAGCACGCGCCGGGCAUUCUUCUCGGCGAUUCGGGCCCAGGAACGGCCCACAAAGGUUGUAUUUGAGGAUGGACGGACUGAGUCCAUCCCUGACUUGACGCCCUUGUUGAAGCCAACCACUUUGGGAGACUUUGCGACUUACUUCUUCGCCUCAGCUGGAGGACUGCUUUUGGGUGGAGAACUUGGAUUUGCCGGUGGGGCGGCAAACGCAACCCGAGGUAUUUCGGCUGAUCCGGAAAGCAAGAAGAGGAUCGAAACUGCCUUCAAGAGGUUCCGCUCAGAUUUGCUUCGAAAGCAGGCAGACGCCAUUGAUAAGGGAGAUAAUGAGUCUGGCCUAUUCUAG